AUGUCAUUUGACGAUUUGACGGACAACACGAGGUCCGUCCGGAACAUCCCCGGGGCUAAGUUCAUAGUUAGCGAAAAGAUAAACAAAGUGGAAGAAUUUAGAAGCGCUGCCAAGAAGCGCUGCUUAGAAGCCAUUUUUUUGGGGGCCACUUCACUUAGCAAUCCCAAUUGGAGCGUUUGCAUAGAACACGUCACAGAAUUUCUGCAAAACAAAAAUGAGGAAACUGUUCUUCGCCUGGCCAAGGAGCUCCUAUUGAAGUACAAAUUUAUGGAGCACACUUUUGUAACUAGACAGAUCAACACGGAGAAGAAAAUCCCCGAAUUAAAAGAUGCCCUAAAAGUAGUAAAUGCCCUUUACAAAAGAAAGGAAAUGAACGAGAGCAAAAACUUGGAGCUGUAUUUUCCCUUGGAGGAGUCCCUGUACGCCAGGGGAGUUGUCGACAAAACGGAUCACAUUUUACUUUGGCUGGGGGCCAACGUGAUGGUUGAGUUCCCCUUUAAAGAGGCCGUCGAGCUACUGAAUCACCACUUGGAUAGGGCAGUAAAUCUGUACGACGAAAUGGACAAAGAGCUUCAGUGGCUGCACGAACAAAUAUCAACCACAGAAAUUAACAUAUCGAGAAUUCACAAUUAUGUGGAGAUGAAAAAAAAAAACAAAGAAAAGGACGUUGUUGAAGCUCAGGGCUAA